AUGUCUUCCCAAUCUUCCCAAUCAGAAGACCAGAUGUCUUCCCAAGCAGAUCACGUACCUACUGCUGGCUUCGGCCCAGACCUGAAGAAGUACUUCAACAACAAAACUCUUUCCGAUGUAGUCGUCCGAUGCAGUAGCCAAGAGUUUGCUGUCCAUAAACUGGUUCUCUUUAGUCAUUCAGAAUACUUUGUCAAGCAGCUUAGCGGUCCAUGGAAGGAAAGCCAGGAAAAUGCCAUCGUCAUUACUGAGUUCCACGCCGACGUGGUUGAGGCUAUGCUGUAUUUUUUGUAUCACUUAGAUUACAAAGUCCCAACGAACGCCAUGAUCUUCAACGCAAGAAUGUAUGAGAUUGCCGACAACUAUGGGCUCGAUUCCCUUAAGAAUUUGGCCAAAGACAAAUUCCGCACCGCAAUCGAGGCAGACUGGAACGAGGCUGAAUAUGUUGAUGCGAUCAGUAUCGUGUAUACCUCGACCCCUCCCCAGGACCAUGACCUACGAGAGUCAGUCGUGGACAUUUCUAUGGAGCACAUGAACGAACUAAUAGGACAUGGCGACUUCAAGAGUGCAUUGGAGGCCAACCCGGAAUUUGCGAUUGACAUUAUUCAUGGUCAAGCGGAGAAAAUUGCGGAAAUCCAGAACCGUGGAUACCCUCGGUACAGAAGCGCAACAAUUCAGGUCUUUGUGCCGUAUUAA